UAUUUUCGCAUUUGUUUAAUUUCGUUGACUUUCUGCAAAGUCUUGCAACAAUCAUCCAAUAUCAUAACUUUUCCAAUAUAAAUCUCACACAUUGUUGUGUGUGCGGUGUAUUAAAUCACACCUGUGCGAUGUUUUUGCGAUGUUUUCCUAAGUUUGACAGCAACGCGUCGCACGUGCAAACAACAAACAUCUGUCAUCAAGGCAAGGCUGCUGUGCGCGUUUUGGUGCUUGCUUGGUGACGACCCGGGAUCGCCAUCGAUCGUAGCUCUACAAAAUGGAUUUCUUCGUCAUAGAUACCGUCGGAGAUAGUUCGGGACAUGGUGGCUCAUCCUUGCCUCCAAUUCCUCAGCUACCGACAGCAACGUACACCAGCACAUACGAUGGCACGGCACACAGCAAAGAUAUCAAGCGAACCACCACAGCACCGGAAGAAAGUGACAACGACGACGAAGAUUAUGCAGGACUCCCUGCCCCCGGCCAGAGCAUUUCAAAAAUAUUGAGCGAAGACUAUGAUAAUCUAGACCUGUUUGUAUCGUGGAAACGGAAGCAGGAUGCUAAAGAAUCCGUCGAGGUCACAGCUUCAACCAGUGGCGUCGCGAAGGUUGGUGCUGCCAAGCGUCUUGCUGUGAGUCGCAAAGAUGACCUGUGCCGCACGAACAUUGGGGAAGAGCUUAAAGGAGCCGUGUUGACGCCGGGCAUUGAGAAGAAGCAGGACAUAGCACGUUUGGCCAUGACGGACAAAGCGCUACAGAAGCUGAACAGGGCGGAACGUAAAAAGACAAAAGGCAAAAAUUGGUUCGGCCUGUCGGCACCGGAGAUCACGCCCGAGCUGAAGAACGAGCUGGAGCUUAUGAAGAUGCGUUCCAUACUGGACCCCAAACAGUCGUACAAGCGUGUCGAUAAGCGAAAAACACCCAAAUACUUCGAAAUCGGCAAGGUGAUCGAUUCGCCGCUCGAUCACUUCAACGAGCGUGGCGUCAAGAAGCUGAAAUCAAAAUCGCUCGUUGACGAGCUGAUGGCCGACGCCGAGUUCCAGAAGUACAACAAACGCAAGUACGCCGAAUCGCUCGAACGGCAGAAGAAGAAGGCGUACCACAAAGCGGUCAUGAAGAUGAAGAAGGAGAAGAAGAAAAGCAAGAAGAGAUAAAUAAAGUUUAUCGUUGUUGUUUACUAGCUAAAAA